AACUGAGCAGGUAUCAGAAAAACGUCGUGUAUGUGUACAGGAUAUGAAGCAUUCGACAAGCUCAUGUUUUUCGAUACCAUCACUAUGAAAGGAAAUUUUUAAAAUGGCAGACAAAGUUUUUGUGAAAGUAAACGAAGGCAGAAUUAGAGGGUUUAAAAAAAUUUCUAGUUUUUCCCACGUCGAGUACUGUUGUUUUUUAGGAGUGCCUUAUGCUCAAUCCACUGAAGAGCAUAAUCGAUUCAAGGAUCCGGUUAAAAUAAAACCAUGGAACGGCGUUUUAGAUGCUACACAAGAAAAAGAGGGUUGCAGACAGUUCGCCAUAACUUUGAAAUGUAUUACAGGUUCAGAGGAUUGCUUGUAUAAUAAUAUCUACACUACCAAACUUCCUACGAAUGGAGAACCUCUGAAACCUGUAAUUGUCAACAUCCAUCCAGGAGGCUUUAUUUUUGGUUCACCAGAUCCCAGUCGUUAUGGAUCUCCAGAAUUCAUCAUGCAUCAUGACAUUGUUUACGUUACCAUUGGCUACAGAAUACAUAUUUUAGGAUUUUUGAAUCUUGGACUGAAAGAAUGCUCGGGUAAUCAAGGUCUAAAAGAUAUAAUCAUGAGUUUAGAAUGGAUAAAAAAAAACAUCCACUCCUUUGGAGGAGAUCCCAAUAACAUAACUGUGAUGGGAAGUAGCAGUGGAUCAGCAAUUGUACAUUUUUUAAUGCUAUCUCCUCGAGCUAAAGGUUUAUUUCAUAAGGCAAUAAUGAUGGGAAUGCAUGUGUUAAACCCAACCCUACUGACUCAACGUGAAAAUGUCACAUCUGCUUUCGAAAUAGCGAAAUUUUUAGGAUACGAAGGAACCUCCGAGAAUAGGAGAAAAUUAUUGUCUUUUUUGAAAACAGUUGACAUCGAUACUGUGAUAUUAAUGAAAUUAGAAUCUGUGUAUCGUAAUGUUCAAAUACCAAUAUUUCCUGCUUCGCCAUUUGUACCAACUCAAGAUCAAGGUAAUAAUGCCAUAGUGCCUUUAUCCCCAGAAGAAUUGGUACCUUCGACAGCAAGGAUACCACUGAUGGUUGGUUUUUGUGAUAAAGAAGCUGCAAUGGUUUUUACCAACGAAAAAUAUAAAAAUAUGCUCGUUAAUAACUUAUAUUCAAUUGUUACUCAAAAUCCGUGGGGAUGGGGACGAAAUCUGGCAGAUGACGACAUAAAGCUGAUCAAAAAGAAAUCCGAAUCAUUUUAUUUAAAUGGCGAAUCUACUGGAAAAGCAAACAUGUCUGAUAAAUGUGAUAUAAUGACCGAUAUUGCCUUAUCUGAUGUGUACAGCUCGCUGAUUGAUAUAGUUUCUGAUGAUCAUUCGCCGGUCUAUGUUUAUAAAUUUAAUUACGAAGGCAGUGUUCCUAAAGUGAAAGACGCUGUAGUGUUGCAACUGGAUGGGCCUUUGGAGGGAACUGUACACGCGGACGAUUAUUGCUAUUGGAGUUUAGUGAAAGAUUACAAGAACAAAAAUGAUUAUUUAAUCACACCAAAAAGCAGUGAAAUGAUCGAAACAUUCACCAAACUCAUUUGUACUUUCGCCGAAACAGGAGAUCCAAAUUAUGGAAAGUUGAAUAUUCGAUGGGAACCUUCAACCGUAGAAAACCCAUGUUAUUUGAGAAUCGACGAAAAAUUUGAAUUAAUCGACGGUAAAUUGAAUGGAAAAAGAAUGCAAUUUUGGGAAAAUUUGAAAAAAGAAUUCGCAAAUUAAUUCAUUUAAUAUCUUCUAUGCUCUCUAAUUCGCAAUUUUAAAAAUGUAUGUAAACUGUUACGUGAUUUUGUACAUAAAAUAUUCAUUUUGUUUAAAUAAGUAUUCAUCAAGAGCGUUCAUUUUCAAAAAAAAAAAUCCGAAAAUUUUCUAAGAAUUUUAUAGAUGUUAAAUGCGAUAGCCGAUUCAAUAAAUCCUCCGG